AUGAAGAAUAGACAAAGGAAGAGUCCGAAAAGGAGGAAGAGUGGAGGAGUUAGAGGAAAGGAAGAAGAACCAGGAAGAGUCAGAGGAAAGGAGGAAGAGACAGUAAGAGAGAAAGAAGGAAAGGAGGAAGAGACUGAGGAAGAGUCAGAGGAAAGGAAGAAGAGAGAGAGGAAGAGUCAGAGGAAAAGAGGAAGAAACAGGAAAAGAGGAAGAGUCAGAGGAAAGGAGGAGGAGUCAGAGGAAAAGAGGAAGAAAAAGGAAGAGAGGAAGAGUCAUAGGAAAAGAGGAAGAAACAGGAAGAGAGGAAGAGGAGUCAGAGGAAAGGAGGAAGAGAUAGAAGGGGGAAAGGAAAUGGGAAAUAGAGAGUCAGAGAAAAGGAGGAAGAGAGGAGGAUUCAGAGGAAAGGAAGAAGAAACAGGAAGAGUCAGAGGAAAGGAUGAAGAGACAGGAAGAGAGGAAGAGUCAGGGGAAAGGAGAAAGAGCUAG